AUGCAGCUGGCGAUCCGCAAUGGCUGGGUAACGGACAGGGACGGCAACAGGCUGAAGCCAGACAGCAAGACGGCGCAUGAGGACGUCCUGUUCGACGACGAGCCACUCGACCCGGCACAGGGCGUCGUGCUUUUGCUGAACAAACCUGUCGGAUAUACCUGUUCGACAAAGGAUCACGGGCGUUUGGUCUACGAUCUGCUGCCGGACCGGUUUCGUACCCGCAAGCCUGCACUGUCGUCUAUUGGUCGUCUCGACAAGGAGACAUCGGGACUGCUGCUUUUCACCGAUGACGGCACGUUUCUUCACAAGGUGAUUUCGCCGAAAUCGAAUGUUCCCAAAGUCUACGAACUCGCUCUGGAUCGUCCCUUGAAGGGGGAUGAAGCCGCUUUGUUCGCUUCCGGCGAAAUGAUGCUUGAAAGCGAAGACAAGCCGCUGAAGCCUGCCCAACUGGAAGUCCUGGACGACACGACCGCCCGAUUGACCCUGCACGAGGGCCGCUAUCACCAGGUUCGCCGCAUGUUUGCCGCAACCGGUAACCACGUGGCGCAACUCAGGCGCAGCCGGAUUGGCGCGCUGGGGUUGGAAGGUUUGGCGGAAGGAGAGUGGAAGGCACUUUCCGAUAACGAAAAGGCCAAAAUUUUCGCGUGA